AUGAAUAUGCAGAUGCAGGACCCGAGCCAGGGCAUCCAGAGAGAAUUGCAAGGUCAUGUUCACCUGGUUUCGACCUACAGAUUUCCCUCCCUCUCGCAACUACACCCCGACAAAGUAGCCGAAUACCUCCUCGGCGCUCCCAAAAUCGCCCGCGAUCAAGCUCCUUUCUAUUGGACGUACCUCGACCGCCCUGCUGAUGGGACAGUGUUGUUGAUCUGGCAAUCUCCUUCUCUCGGGCCUGAGUUUCCCAGCGAUGGAUACGUCUGGAACCCGGGCGAGAGCCCUUAUGCGAUUGAUGUCCCAGGCGGAUACACUCUCGAGAUGUAUCAGCAAAAGACAGGCUUUGCGCCGGGCGAGCCUUUCGCAACGCAUUCUCGCCGACGAUACCGCCUCAUGCCCUCUCGAACCAACCCUGGCAAUCCCUCCCCCGACCCAGCUCUCUGGAUCAUUCACUACACGCAGUGCGAUCCCAACGACCGAAUCCCUGCCAACGUCAUCCCCAUCGAUAUGCGCAUCCAGCAGAUCAUGAGCACCCGGCAGUAUCUUCAAUCGCACGGGCAGAUUGUGCAGAAGGAAUUCAUGUUGCAUGAUCGCAAUAAAUGGCCAGCGAUUUCGUUCCCUAGAGGCCCACCAAGGGGUACGCCUAUGUAUGGCGCUAGCGCACCACAAGCUAGGAUUCCGCAGACGAUGGCGUAUCCUGCUCAGCAGCAUGCUGUCGCUGGUCCACCAGCGAAGCGUGUGAGAACACAGACCAAUAUCAACCAGGCUGCUGCUAUCAGCGCGGCUGCUAUGGAGGCUGAUGAUGAGGAGGACUACACUCGUGGAGAUCUUUUUGAUCUAAUGACCCCGCGGGAUAUCAGUAUGGCACGGUACAAGCAGAAUCACGAGUGGAUGGAGGAGAUUCUUUCUUCGCCGUAUGCUAUCCACCAGAUCAUCCCUACGGACCUCGGCCUUGGAAUGCGUGGAGAACUUGGUGCUCUAACAGAGGGAAUUUUCGAUGCGCCUUACAACCCUUUGCAAGCCUACUUUCCUAGGGACAUUCGUAACCAGGUCGACAAUGAUCCUGCAAAGCAGGAAAGGGGUGUGUUCUUCACGCCUUAUCACUCCGAAGACAAGGAUGCUCCAAAGCAAGACGUGCCCAAAAACAUCUAUGUUGGCCGGUUAGAUGCUGACAAGGCGGAAGAGUUUCGCAAGAGGGCUAACGAGAAGAUUGCUGAGACUAAUGCUGAGAUUGAGAAGAUGAAGGCUAAGCAUGCUAAGCGACUCGCUAAAUUCAAAAAGGGGUCACUCAUCACACAUGCUGAGAAGCAGCUUCGCAUUGCGGUGGAGGACCCAACCGACACCGGACCUGAGUUUUGGCGCUUGGAAGGUCGCAUCGAUGAAGAUGCCGAGGAGGGCGGGGCUGCUACUGAAAUCCCACCAAGAGUCUCAGAAAUUGUUGCUCAGGUAGAAGCUUCUGUCGGUCGCCAUGCCGCCGCUGUCAAGGAGCUCGUUCGAAUCCAAGAUGGUGGCUACGAGGAAGUAGCGCCUCGUAUCACGCCUCCGGCAGCUACAUCAGGCUCCAUGUUGGGCACGAACCCCCAUGCUUCGUACAAUGGGUCAUAUAACGGCUCCAACGGCUCCACACAUAGCGGGGUCUUGGUGGACAAUGCAAACGUCGACACGAGCAACUCAGCUGCUGGCCUGCUAGAUCAAUACCAGCCCAGUGGUCCUUCGUCAAAUGCAACGCCCGGCACGGGCAGUAACUUCCCAACGCCGCAGCCGAAUUACCAGCACCACUCGUCGGCAAACACGCCAAGCAAUAUCCAAAUGGCUUCUCCCCACCCCCCUCCAGCUCCUCAGCAGCAGCAAUCGGUUGAAAUCUCGAUGGGCAACACUGGGGAGCAACGGGUGCCCUCCGAUACCACAGGUGGCGACUGGGUCAUUGUCCCUCCCGGCGGCGUCUCCCCGCAAAAUGCGUCCAACUCGCCUGCUAUCGCCCAGCCUUCAACCCAGCCCCAAUUCCAACACCCCAGUAUCUCCGAACACAACCCUUCACCAAUGCCUACCAGUACAUCAGGAAACACGCCUCAGGUCAACGACUUCCACACCUCGCCUAAUGAUUUCGCUGACCUGGGCGAUCUCGAAGGCGCAGAAGGAGCGAUGGGUAGCUAUGGAGGCGACGGUGCGGACAUGGGAAAUCUGGAGCUAGAUAUGGAUGGAGGUGAGGGUGUCGACGAUUCGGCGUUCGGGGAUGCGUUUCAUGGUGUCGAGCAGAGAGGGGAGGACGAGGACGGGGGGAUGAGCGAAGGGCUCUAG